CGUGAUGUCAGUUGAGAAGCGACAGGCUACGGCACAGUGUUAAAAUUACUGAUGGCGCAGGAGGCGGACGAAAUAGAUAUAAUGAUUAAUUAUCACGGGGGUUUCGAAAAAAUAGACCGGAAAAACAGCCGUUAUCCUUAUUGCGUCGUUUGGACACCUAUUCCAAUACUGUCGUGGUUGCUCCCCUUCAUUGGUCACAUGGGGAUCUGUACUUCUGCAGGCGUGAUAAGAGACUUCGCUGGAUCAUACUUAGUGUCUGAAGAUAAUAUGGCCUUUGGAAGACCAACAAAGUACUGGAAGCUUGAUGUUGAUAAGGUGUGUGGCACUGGCUCAGCUGCCUGGGACAAGGCAGUGCACGACGCAUCGGAGGAGUACAAAUGCAGGCCGCACAACCUCUGCUGUGAUAACUGCCACUCCCACGUGGCCCUGGCCCUUAACCUCAUGCGCUACGACAACAGAACGUCCUGGAACAUGGUCAACCUAUGCCUGCGGUCCCUUAUCCACGGCAAGCAUGUCAGCUGUGUGUCUUUCCUCAAGACCUGGCUGCCCUUCCUUAUGUUGACUGGAGCCCUCGUCACCUUCAUCCUAACGCUCAACCUGCACUGACCACACAAGGGACAUGAAGAGGGAAACGGAGGGGAGAGAUAAUACAAGGGAUUUUCCUGCUCCGUUGUAAUCAUAAAAAGUGAAAGAAGAAGAAUAAACGUUUUGAUGGGACACUUUGUGCAGUGCUAACAUUCACACUCAUGAGGGCAGUUAUGUUCAGCUGUUCUGGCUUGUUUUGAAGUACAUUUUACUAGAUUCAGAAAGGAAUGUCAUAUAAAUGAAUGUUUGGCUUGGGAUAGUCAUAACUAUAUACAGUGCCUUGCGAAAGUAUUCGGCCCCCUUGAACUUUGCGACCUUUUGCCACAUUUCAGGCUUCAAACAUAAAGAUAUAAAACUGUAUUUUUUUGUGAAGAAUCAACAACAAGUGGGACACAAUCAUGAAGUGGAAUGACAUUUAUUGGAUAUUUCAAACUUUUUUUAACAAAUCAAAAACUGAAAAAUUGGGCGUGCAAAAUUAUUCAGCCCCCUUAAGUUAAUACUUUGUAGCGCCACCUUUUGCUGCGAUUACAGCUGUAAGUCGCUUGGGGUAUGUCUAUCAGUUUUGCACAUCGAGAGACUGAAAUUUUUUCCCAUUCCUCCUUGCAAAACAGCUCGAGCUCAGUGAGGUUGGACGGAGAGCAUUUGUGAACAGCAGUUUUCAGUUCUUUCCACAGAUUCUCGAUUGGAUUCAGGUCUGGACUUUGACUUGGCCAUUCUAACACCUGGAUAUGUUUAUUUUUGAACCAUUCCAUUGUAGAUUUUGCUUUAUGUUUUGGAUCAUUGUCUUGUUGGAAGACAAAUCUCCGUCCCAGUCUCAGGUCUUUUGCAGACUCCAUCAGGUUUUCUUUCAGAAUGGUCCUGUAUUUGGCUCCAUCCAUCUUCCCAUAAAUUUUAACCAUCUUCCCUGUCCCUGCUGAAGAAAAGCAGGCCCAAACCAUGAUGCUGCCAGGGUGAUGAGCUGUGUUGCCAAAAAGUUCAAUUUUGGUUUCAUCUGACCAGAGCACCUUCUUCCACAUGUUUGGUGUGUCUCCCAGGUGGCUUGUGGCAAACUUUAAACGACACUUUUUAUGGAUAUCUUUAAGAAAUGGCUUUCUUCUUGCCACUCUUCCAUAAAGGCCAGAUUUGUGCAAUAUACGACUGAUUGUUGUCCUAUGGACAGAGUCUCCCACCUUAGCUGUAGAUCUCUGCAGUUCAUCCAGAGUGAUCAUGGGCCUCUUGGCUGCAUCUCUGAUCAGUCUUCUCCUUGUGUGAGCUGAAAGUUUAGAGGGACGGCCAGGUCUUGGUAGAUUUGCAGUGGUCUGAUACUCCUUCCAUUUCAAUAUUAUCGCUUGCACAGUGCUCCUUGGGAUGUUUAAAGCUUGGGAAAUCUUUUUGUAUCCAAAUCCGGCUUUAAACUUCUUCACAACAGUAUCUCGGACCUGCCUGGUGUGUUCCUUGUUCUUCAUGAUGCUCUCUGCGCUUUUAACGGACCUCUGAGACUAUCACAGUGCAGGUGCAUUUAUACGGAGACUUGAUUACACACAGGUGGAUUGUAUUUAUCAUCAUUAGUCAUUUAGGUCAACAUUGGAUCAUUCAGAGAUCCUCACUGAACUUCUGGAGAGAGUUUGCUGCACUGAAAGUAAAGGGGCUGAAUAAUUUUGCACGCCCAAUUUUUCAGUUUUUGAUUUGUUA